AUGAUGGAUAUUCUAAGGGAUGGUCUUCAUGCGUUAAAUGAUGAUACUCAACGCCUCACUUCGGAAUCAUUUCACUACCAAAAUUCACUACAAUCGUUCUCUGAAGACAUACCGAAAUUAAAAAUCGCUAUUGAAGAAACUCAUGCAUCAAUAGAUGCUCAUAUAACCAAUCAACAAUUAAUGGAAGAAAGUCUGACUUCACUUCAACAACAUCUUGAUGAUCAAAAGAAUAUUUCCAAUGACGGUACACUUAUAUGGAAAAUUACGAAUGUUCGACAAAAAAUAGGUUUGUUUGAUAGAGAUUUUUUUCAAUAA